AUGGUUGGUAUUGCCGGUGGCAUCCCAUCCCAGAAAUACGACGUCAGGCUUGGGGAUGUUGCCGUUAGCUACCCCAGCGAUAACUGUGGCGGGGUCAGACAACACGAUUUUGGGAAGGCGCUUGAAGGCGGCGAAUUUCGUCGAACGGGCCUCCUCAAUAGGCCCCCGAAUUCCAUACUCUCAGCAGUCGGUCAGUUUCGGCUGCAGAUCGACCUAGACAGAACCCGCUUCCCGCGCAGCGUGCGCGAUGCCCUCGAGAAAGACAACGUUCUGAAGAACAAGUGCUCGCCCCCCGACCAAAAAACAGAUCGCCUUUUCAAGGCAAACCAACCACACCCUCCUGAAUCAACUUGUGCGCAGCACCCGAUGGAAUGGGAUGUGGCUCGAGCCCAGCUGGCGAGCGAUGCCCCCAACGUCCACUACGGAACGGUUGUAUCUGGCAACUCUGUUGUCAAGUCGGCGGCGGUGCAAGACUCGCUCCUGCGGGAUAUACCGGAUGCGGUCUGUGUUGAAAUGGAAGCGUCCGGUCUUAUGAAUGACUUCCCGUGUAUCAUCGUGCGCGGGAUUUGUGACUAUUGCGAUAGUCAUAAGAAUGACCAGUGGCACGGAUACGCCGCACUGGCGGCGGCUGCGUAUGCGAAGGAACUGCUUGAGUUCCUUCCUGCUCAGGAAGUUGCAGAGGAAGUCUUGGCAUUGAAGGUGUAUCACAACCUAGAAAUCACACUCACUGAAGACAUGUUUGGCUUACAAUCUGUGCUUGUCCAUGUAGCAUAUCUCACCGCCAUAAAUGAUGAAGUCCGGAGCAUUAGUCAACGACUAAACGAAGUCCAUCUGCGACAAGAGCGUUAUCACCAGGAGAGAGUGAACCAGGCCCUUGCAGAAAAACAGAAUCUUUGCCUUCAAAGCUUUAAGCUCCCAGGAGGCUACGAGAGACUCAAGGAGAGAGUCCCCGCCUGUACCGAGAACAUGCGAGUGGAUGCCGCAGACUCGACAGUAUUGCUCUCCAAGUCGAUUGUCGACAGCCUCAUUGCCCCUAGCUCCGCAACAACCGUCUGUUACUACUUUUUCAAGCACGGGGAGCAAGAGUGUACCCUUUCCGCGGCGUUGUGCGCAAUCCUUCAUCAGCUAUUCAGUCAGCAACCCCAUCUCAUUCGGCAUGCCACGAGUCCGUGGGACAGCAAUGGGAUAAAGCUUCGGGAGGACACACAUGAGCUUUGGCGGAUUUUGAUUGCAGCUACCGGGGACCCUACCGCGUGCAGUACGGUAUGCGUGCUGGACGCCCUCGAUGAGUGCCCCGAGGCCGACCUAGAGCAGCUGGGCUCUCAGCUCAAUGACUUCUACGAAAAAAGCCGUAGCGCAGCAUGGGCUCAUGGUUUGAAGUUCCUCGUUACAAGUCGGCCUUAUCAUGCCAUACGAAGCCCGUUUGAUUCCCUCCCUAGUGAUACCAAGCUGGAAAGCCACCAAGUAGGCGAGCUAAUCAAGGCCGAGGUGAAUCUAUUUAUCAAAGCCAAAGUGAAGGAAUUUGUGAGCACAUCGGGUCUUCCUCGUGCCUACUCUCAGGAUGUCCAACUCAACCUAGAGAAACAACUCUGCCGGGCAGAGAAUCGCACGUAUCUUUGGGUGCACUUGGCGAUUGAAUACAUUCGCUCCAACCUGCCCAGGAAUCUUAGGCCAAAGACAAUGUCAAUUCCUCACCUACCACCUACUUUGAAAGGAAUGUACGAAGUCAUUCUUGAGCAAGUCCGAAGAGAAGACGUCAAAACAGUGCGACUGAUAUUCCAAAUCAUCGCCGCAGCGCGGUGUCCGCUGAACACACGGAAAAUGGGCGUAGCCCUGGGGGUCGCAGGGUCUCCCAGUUCGCGGACUCUGGCAGAAUCCGCGUUUGAUCAAGAGAUACUCGAAGCAACGAUUCGGAACAUUUGUGGUCCGUUUGUUGUCAUUAAGGACUAUGAUAUUUACUUCCUCCACGAAACAGCCAGGGAGUUUCUCCUCCACGAUGUGACAACUGUCCGCCCAGAACGAAAAUUCUCUUUCAGCUUAUUGGAGGCAGAGGAGUCGAUGACUGGCAUCUGUGUGCGGUAUCUGUUGAUGGAGGAUCUUGUGGAUGCAAAUGGGCGUCAUAAGUCUGUUCAUCAAUCACUUAGGUGGUAUGCGGCAGAAAAUUGGGCCGACCACCUAAAGAGUCUGCCUUUGUCAUCGCGUGAGAAUAUGGGAGGGUCACUUUACCGUUUAUAUACACGAUCUACUGUCUGGGCAAACGAAUUUUGGGAGACGAUUCUCCCUCGGGAGCAUGUACCCAAGCCGACGCUUCCCAUCCACCUGGUGGCGCUCAACGGGCAUUUGGACGUUCUCCCUAAAUUGAUCAACGACAAAAUAGUGAGCGCAGACCAGGCAGACGAUAUUGAUACGACCGCCCUGAUAUGGAGCUCCUACAACGGUCACUAUGAAAUCUCCGAGUUACUUUUGAAAGAAGGCGCGAAUGUGAAUGCUGAGAGCCAACGACUCGGUACCCCGCUGCUUGUUGCUUCUCUCAAGGGGCACAAAGCGCUUGUCAAACUUUUCCUGGACAACGGAGCAGAAGUGAACCACAUAUGUGGCCCCAGGUGGCUUGCCCACUACCCAAGAACUACGUUACCGGGGUUCGCCUAUAUCCCCUAUCACAGAGGGUCUGCAUUAUGGGCUGCUUGCUUCGGAGGCCACUUGGAGAUUGUACAGCUGCUGGUGGAGAAAGGGGCUCGAGAGCUGGAUUUUGCUCUCUUGGCUGCUUCUCGAGGGGGCAACAUAGACGUUAUACAGUUUCUGAUGAGUAAUGGGGCCGAUGUCAAUGCCCAACAUGAGGAUGGAUAUUACGGAACAGCUUUACAGGCGGCAUCGAUUGACGGCCAUCUCGAGACAGUCGGCUUUCUACUCCAAAAUGGAGCCAAGGACAAAAAGAAGGUUGGGUAUCAUGGGUGUGCUCUGGAUGCCGCUUACUGUAACGACAAAUUCGAGGUCAUCAAACAACUGAUUGCAUGGGACACCAAAGGCCUAUACGACGCUGCUCACUACAAUGCCAUAUUUCACUCUGCUGCAUAUCAGGGUGACCUCCAAACUCUGACGUACUUAUUGGACUUUGUGCCGGACGCCACUGGUCCGGGCCCUAUUGGUAAUGGCACGGCUCUUCUGCAAGCUGCACGGGGAGGUCAUAUUGAUAUAACAUUGGUGGCUGCUGCUGCUGGAGGCCACACUGAAAUUCUCAAAGCUUUCCUGGAUGACGGAGCUGACGUAGAUGCGCGCGAUGCCGAUGGUUACUUCUUGCUCUGGAUCGCGUCCUUUCGCGGCCACCUGGACACCGUCGAACUGCUCAUCGAGUACGGAGCUGAUGUGAAUCUUCGGUACAGAAACUGGACUGCCGUUGAUAUCGCCCGUCAACUUAACCGUGAGGAUAUCGAGGAAUGCAUAUUAGAAACGGAAGAGUAUGUCGAACGUAUCAAUCCUCUAGGCGAGUUGAGGGUGUGGUCAGAGCCUCAGUAG